GGAGGCCGGAAGACCGCAAGCAUCACGUGACCGGGGAGCUGCCUCCGCCAUAUUGGAUGCGGCAAGAGGAGACUGUGGGUGACGUACUUCCGGGGCGCUGAUUUCAAUCCCCGGACCGUAAUGUCGUGUUUAUGUCACGUUCACAUGGAGCCGGAGGGAUGAACGGGAAGCAAAAGACCCUCUUCCAGACAUGGGGCCCUGCUGUGGCCCCUGAGCCGAAGAGACUGCCGCAGCCUUCUGCUAAAAAUAGUAAAGGAAAGAAUUGCAGAAAAAAUGCGUCCUCACAGGGGCCCCCACUUAGGGCCAAUGCACCAGUUUGGCCCCUGGCUGCCAGGCAGGAGGAGGAGGAUGAUGAUGAUGUUCUGCUGGUGGCUGUAUAUGAGGCUGAGGAAUCUCUAAAUCAAGGUGGGCCCCAUGGGCCGGGCCCCUGCGGAGCGCCCCCCGCCUGCCCCCCUCCUCAUGCCACCGACAUCCAGAAUUUACCGGGCUUUGACCUGUCAGCCGGCGGUGUCUGGAUCUACCCCACCAACUACCCGCUGCGGCAGUACCAGUUCUCCAUGGCGCAGGCGGCCCUGCUGCACAACACCCUGGUCUGCCUCCCAACCGGCCUGGGCAAGACCUUCAUCGCCGCCGUGGUCAUGUACAACUUCUACCGCUGGUACCCGUCCGGGAAAAUCAUCUUCAUGGCUCCGACCAAACCGCUGGUGGCGCAGCAGAUCGAGGCCUGCUUCCGGGUCAUGGGCAUCCCCCAGGCGCACAUGGCGGAGAUGACGGGAACCACCCAGGCGCAGAGCCGCAGAGAGAUAUGGCAGAAGCACAGAGUCUUCUUCCUGACCCCGCAGAUCAUGGUGAAUGAUCUGACCCGUGGCGCCUGUCCCGCCAGUGACGUCAAGUGCCUGGUCAUCGAUGAGGCGCACAAGUCCCUGGGCAAUCAUGCCUACUGUCAGGUCGUACGAGAGCUCAGCAAUUACACGGCACAGUUUCGGAUCUUGGCUCUGAGCGCUACCCCUGGCAGUGAUACCAAGUCUGUGCAGCAAGUCGUGUCAAACCUGCUGAUCAGCCGGAUAGAGCUGCGGUCGGAGGAUUCCCCGGACAUCCAGCCAUAUUCCCAUGAAAGGCAGCUUGAGAAGUUUGUGGUGCCUCUGGGAGAUGAACUGGAGGCCGUGCAGAAGUCCUACAUACAGGUCCUGGAGACAUUCGCCGGGCGUCUGAUACAGAGCAACGUGUUGUCCCGGAGGGAGAUCCCCAACCUAACGAAAUAUCAGAUCAUCCUGUCUCGAGACCAGUUCAGAAAGAACCCGCCGUCCAAUAUAAUGGGGGCUCAGAUAGGAGCGGUGGAGGGAGACUUCGCUCUUUGUAUCAGCCUGUAUCACGGCUAUGAGCUGCUGCUACAGAUGGGAACCCGUUCUCUCUUCUUCUACCUGCGCUCCAUCAUGGAUGGCUCUAAAGGUAUGAAUCGGGCAAGAAAUGAGCUCGGCAGAAACGCCAACUUCAUGGAUCUUUACCAGCGUCUGGAGGCCAUGUUUUCUUCUGGCAGUGGAUCUGAUGUGAAGAAACCUUUUAUCUACAGUCAUCCAAAGCUGAAGAAGUUGGAGGAAGUUGUGAUCCAGCACUUUAAAAAUUGGAAUAAACAAGGUCCUGGUUCCUCCAGCAGUUCUUCGGAAAACACGCGGAUCAUGAUCUUCUCUUCGUUUCGGGAGAGUGUCCAAGAAAUCGCGGAAAUGCUCAACCAGCAUUAUCCGGUCGUGCGGGUCAUGACCUUCGUGGGCCAUUCAUCCACUAGCAAAGGAGUUAAAGGUUUCACCCAGAAGGAGCAGCUUGAGGUAGUGAAGCGUUUCCGGGAGGGUGGGUAUAAUACGCUGGUCUCCACCUGUGUAGGAGAAGAAGGCCUGGACAUCGGAGAGGUGGAUCUCAUCGUAUGCUUCGAUGCCCAGAAAAGUCCUAUCCGCCUGGUCCAGAGAAUGGGUCGAACCGGAAGGAAACGCCAAGGACGUAUAGCGGUCAUAUUGUGCAAAGGGCGAGAGGAGCGGACCUAUAACCAGAGUCAGUGUAAUAAGAGGAGCGUCUACAAAGCCAUCCUGGGGACUGACACGGAUCUGCGCCUCCACCAGCAGAGCCCGCGCAUGGUUCCUGAUGGGAUCCAUCCAGUGGUGCACAAGAUGUUCAUCACACAAGCAGCCUACGACGUCGGAGAUGCAGCUGCCCCCAGAGACAGGCGUUCUAGUGCGGCCCACCGCAGAUCGUCCGUAUUCUUUGGUGCAGAAGACUCCAUGAAAGAAGACUGGCUGCUGACUAAUGCCGAGUACGAGACCUGGGACCGAGCGUAUCGUCUAAAGGAAUCGGAUGGAACGACGGAUGUGAUUUUACCCAAGACCCACUUUGAUCUUUUCAGGGACUCUGAUGCCAUCAUUGAACCCGUCCCAGAAAACGUCCGGACGCUCUCCCUGUCCGAAUGGAGCUUGUGGCAGAAUCGGCCUUUUCCCACGGACUCUGUCGAUCACUCUCAUCGUUGUCAGAAUUUCAUUGCCGUCAUGGAGUUGAUUGAGCAGAUGAGAUUGGAGGAGAACGGUUGCAAGUAUGAUGAGGAAAUGAAGACGUUAUUGCAGGAGGAGAACGUCCAGCCAUUGCGUAAAGACAAUAGAGCGUGUCCCGCCGCUAGUUUAAAGGCCAAGAAAAAGUUGCCCGUCGUCAACAACACAAAGACUUGUAAGAACUCCACUUUGUUCUCUCCGUUUGAGCCUGAUGAAGAUUUUAGGUCGACGUCGAAGGUUUCGAGAAACACAAGAUCGCUCUCUGCCGAGCCUCUCCAUACAAACUCAAUAGUUAAUAUUUCGGAGGUGGAAGAAGCCGGUGCCUUGGAGGCCGAUCUAGUUCAUGAUCCCGCUGAUGAAAUGGAAAUUGAAGAGAACAAAGAAUCUUCCAAGAAUCCUACAAAUCUGGAAGAUGUUUCAGCAACAAAUUGCCGCACGACUGAGUACGAUGAGGACCCCACUGCUCUUCUGUCAGAUUCCUUCUUUUCUCCUCCAUGUGAAUCUCAUGACGUUGCUCUUGAGUUUGCCAAUGACUGCAUUAAUGGAGUAAGGCAAAUACUACUGCGGGUCAAAAAAUUCUUAACUUCUUCCCCUCCACCAUUAACUGAACUGGAUUCCUUGGUUACUGUAGAAAUCUCUCCUGAAACUUCAGCAGCCGAGAUUCUCUCUGUGCCACAUACAAAAUCUGAACUACCGCCUCUACCUCUGCAGGGAUUUCACAGCCCCUUAAGUCAACCAGAGUGUGGACCUGGUCCUACACAGGUUAAUGGAGAAGGGUUACAAUGGAGAACGCACCAACCGCAAAAUAAUGGAGACCUUGUGGAGACUGUUGACACCAGUGGGGUGGUAGAUGAAAGAUCACUACACGAUCCUCCGUGGGACGAUAUUUUUGAUUCUGAUGCACAAGAUGUCUACGUUGAAAAUGUUGAGUCACCUCCAGCAUCCAGCCAUGUCCUAGAAGAACAUGAAGAGGGCUUUACGAAUAACAGGGAGCGUUUUGACACAUCUACAAGGGACGUCAGAAAGCCAGAAAAUCAUCACGUUAACAUCGAAAAUAACUUGCCCCUUAUCCCCGACCGAAAUAAUACAAAAAGUGACGAUACUGACAUUGAUGUCCCGAGGGCUCCCAGCCCUUCCCAGAGCGAGAAGGUAGAAUAUCCACCAGUGUUGAGGGAAGAACUCAACUUGUUUCCUGACCACCUCGAUGACAGCUUCGACUUGUUUGAGGAUGAAGAAUUUGCAGAAAUUGACCAGUUCACGUCAAGCAGAGCUGGUGCAACAGACAAGACACAUCAUGGAGGGACCAGCGUCAACUUCAAUCUGUUUGACCCAUCUCUACUAUCUGAGGACCCUACAGAACAAGAACCAGAAGACCAGGCCACUUCCAACUCCACUGAGAACACAAAACACAAGGAGGAGGUUGAUUUUGAUGGUUCUCAGGAAUUGUUUUCUGUCAAUUUCGACCUUGGAUUUUCCAUUGAGAGCGAUUCUCCAGAAGGUGAAGAUGACGGACAGCCAGCGAAUGACGGUAAAGAAGGACCCAGCCCCUUCAAGGUCCCCAGCCCCCCCAACAAGAUGAUCUCAAGAGAUGGCUUCAUGUCUACUCCUGUGACUUCCACCUACCAAGCCAUGUCUGACAGACGCCUUUCUCUACUCUCACCCUUACACCCUCUGAAAGAGAGGUUUUCCCAGACUCCGGAAACCUCACACUGUGCCUCGGCCUUUCUAAAGUCGCCCACUGAAAAGAUGGACCGCACCAGAAUGUCUUCCAGUACUUCAGCACACUGUAAUUUGUAUACACCAACUAAGAAGGAUGGACGUAGGGCAGAAAGCACGCCCCCCACACGAGGAGGAAAUCGACCGGAAACCAUCGUGGACCCGUCUAUAACUAUCGGCAGCAGUCCUGAGAGCGAAGAUGAUGUCGUCUUCAGACGGAAAAGAAAAUUGCCCAGCACCGAUGUCAUCAGGUCUCCGGAGACUCCAAGCAGCGAAUGUGAUGUUGACUCGCCGAUGCCUGUGGUUAAGAAGCGCCGACACGUCCUUAACACUCUGGACUCUGAUGAUGAAAACUUUGACCAUCCCCCCACUUAUCACAAGGGAAACGCCCAGAAUGGCCGGAAGCAGGAAGAAUUGCGCGCUCCUAGGCACAAGAAGAAGAAUGCAGCCCGGCAGUUCCUUGACGAUGAGGCUGAGCUCUCAGCAGAAGAGGCUGAAUUUGUGUCAUCGGAUGAGAACAGCGAUUCGGAGAACGAUCAGGACACAUCGCUGGUGGGAUUCCUGAAUGACAACACUCAGCUGUCCCAGGCUUUAGAUGACUCGGAGAUGUACGGCGUAUACCUGAAGUCUGUCCGCAGCCCUGCUGUCGGCAAUCGGUUUAAACUGGUGCACAAGAGGCACAGCAUGGCGGUCUUCUCCCAGAUUCCAGAGCAAGACGAGAGCUACAUGGAGGACAGCUUCUGCGUAGAAGAAAUUGAUGAGGAAGAAGGGGGAUCCAGCGACGAGGAAGAAGUUCAGGCGGAUUUCGGCCUCCUCUGUGAGGACAGCUUUGUUGGAGGGAGAAAACAAUACCGUACACGGCGCAGACUGAAACUCAAAGACGCUGAAACCAACAGGGGCCAACCGGUAAAAAAGAAAAGACGGAUCAUCAUCCAUGAGGACUCCAGUGAGGAGGAGACGCCCAAGUCAGCAGUCAGAUCUCCGGAGUGUUCCUCAAAGUCCUCCUCUUCCAAGCCACCACCAGAUGGCGCCGCGGUGACUAAUAAAGGUUCAGGACGUGACAAGAAGAACUUGCCGGAUGUCUCCCAGAGGGACAGGCGCCAGGUGCGGCUCAGUCUUCAGGCCUCUCUGUCAGAUGAGCUCGAUUUUCAACCGGAAGUCACAUCUUCAUCAAAUAAGAUCAUCCGUCUCACGGAGAAGCUGGAAGACGGGAGCGAUAAGCCGGGUUCAUCAUGGCGGGCUUCCUUGAAUGGCUCGGCGCUCAUGAAGACUCCUGUGUCCACAGCCUCCUGCGUCCUUGCCGACUGCAGAGAAAUCUCCUCCGGACCCGAGGUCAUCACGUACCUGAGGACUUCUCACGGGGUCACAGUGGACAUCUGCUCCCUGGGGGGCUGCGAUUACAUUGUCAGCAACCGCCUAGCCGUAGAGAGGAAAUCCCAGUCCGAAUUCGCCAGCAGCGCUAACAGGAACAAACUGGUCGAGCGGAUCCAGCACCUACAGCGCAUGUUCGAGAGGCUCUGCCUGAUUGUGGAGAAGGACCGGGUGAAACCAGGAGAAACAUCGCGGCUGUUCCAGCGGACCCGGUACUACGACAACACCCUGUCCGCUUUGAUCGGAGCUGGGGUCCAAGUUCUCUUCAGUUUGGACCAAGAGGAGACAGCCGGGCUGCUGAAGAAGCUGGUGUCCCUGGAGCAGAGGAAAAACGCCGGGAUAACUGUGCCCACGCAAGUCUCUGGGCGCCAGCAGGAGGCGCUGCACUUCUACCUGUCCAUCCCCAGCGUCAGCUACAUCGCUGCCCUGAACCUGUGUCAUGGCUUCCCUUCUGUCAGACGCAUGGCGAACAGCUCAGUAGAAGAGAUUGUAAGUAAAGGAAGUGUGAGCAAACAGAAGGCCGAGGAAAUCUACCGCUACCUCAAGUACGUGUUUGAUCCACAGAUGCUUCCGCACAUCGACAAACGCAAGCAGAGCACGUAGCGUUGGAGACGCCGGCGGACCACGCAGGAUCUUAUGCACUUUAUCAUAUCUGUAUCAUAUGUAAAUAAACACUGCGACUGUGCAAACCACGAC